CCAGACUGAAUGAAGAGGAGGGCUAUGGGAAGAGGAGGAGGGAGCAUGGUGAUACAGCAGGACAAUACCAGCCAGACCUUACCAUAACAAGCGAGAUGGACCAGUACGAAUAGACAGCACAGCUUCCUGGGUACUGGUGGAAGUGGAGAGAGUGCAUUGCAUGCAGGGUGCAUAACACAUAUCCCCCUGCAUCCUCCACGUCUCUUCUCAAGUCUACACCAGGCCCCCGGCUUUUACAUUUGCAAUAAGGUAGCACAGAGGAACUGACCCCCCGGAUAUGUUGCGUUCUCAAGUGUAUGCUAUGAAGUUGUUGUGAGCACUCGCAUCAGCUGUUCCCAAGACGCCUAAGCAUUACUGUCCUUAACUUCCUGCUACAGUGGACAUCCCUUCUUUGUGGGAUACGUCCAGAGGAACCCUGCCAUCCUCACAGGGCGCCGAGUGCAGAGGGAUCCACGCCACUUGGCUCCUCCCACUGCACCUGGCAAUGGACUCGGUGUUUGGUGAUGACAUCAGCAUCAUUGCACAGGAGACAUUGGCACAAGAGGAGGAGGAAGAGGAGGAGGAGGAGGACUGGGUGGACAGUCCCAACACUGACCAGUCGGGAGACAUGUGCUCAGCCUCACACUUUGCCUUGAUAACAGCGUAUGGUGACAUCAAGGAGCGUCUGAGUGCCCUGGAGAGAGAGAACGCAACACUGCGCAGGAAACUCAAAGUCUAUGAGAUCAAGUUUCCGAUUAUCUCUGAAUUUGGGGAUGAGCAGAAUUUUUCACCAUAUGACUUGAAAGAAGACUCUCUGCUGCAGACUGAGAACCCCCAACAUGAUCUUCAAAACAGCCGAGAAAAGGAAGAGGAACUGGGAGAGAUGGUGCGCGCAUGUGAAAAGAUGUGUGCAGAGAGGAGUGAGCUGCACGAGGAGUUAAGUGAAAUGAAGGGCCUGGUACUGACACAUGUAGCCCAUAUCCAGUCUCUGGAGCAGCAGCUACAGAUGUGUGCUGAGCCGCAUCCGUUCCCUGGCUCUGCUCUCUCGGAUCCAGACUUACAGUAUCUGUCUCUACAUCAUGGGCCAGACAUGGCGCAUAUUCUAGAACACCCUAUGAGCUGGCAGGCUUCGCGUAGCCUGGAUUUGCAGCGUGAUGUGGCUGCACAGAGAAGAGAUGCAGAGUUAGAGGAAGCACGGAGAGAUCUGCAAAACGCACAACGCAGAGAAAAGCAGCUAAAGGAUGAUAUCCUACGCCUCGAGGAAGAGCUGAAACAUCUGCAAGAGACCCGGGAGCAGGAAUUGGCCACUGGACAGACCCAGCGAGAGAUGGCGUGGCUCAAGGAGGUGGGAGAUGACCAGGUUAAUCUUGCCCUGGCUUACACUGAACUGACGGAGGAACUCUACCGUCUCCGUGACCUCACAACCCUCCAAAGUCAGAUUCUGAGGUCGCUGCUGGAGGAGCAAACAGGACAGAGACACUCUCCUCCACCUCGUCAUUCCCCCUGCCCACUCCGACACUCUCCUUCUUCUCUCCACCAUUCUCCAUCCUCACAGCGCCGAUCCCCGGUCCCACAGUGCCCAUCUCCCAUCUUACAGAGAAGAUCUCCUGUGCCACAGUCUCCAGUACAUCAGCGCCGCUCCCCAGUGCCACCAUCCUCUCCUUCACGUAGAUCUCCAGCAUCAUCGCCUUGCCCAUCCCCUGCAAACAGUGAGAUUUCAUAUUCUAAGCCUUCAGCUCACCAGGCAAAAGCAUCUUUCCAGGCCCGCCGAAGCUAUUCUGAGAUCUGUGAGCCUGCUCUGUAUCCACGGUCACCCCGUUCCUUAUGGAUACCAGCAGGAACGGCAACCUUGCCCAAGCAGCGGUCCUACAAUGAGGGAUAUGCUGGCAGCCCACCUACUGUGCCCUGCUUCCAGGAACCUCCACAGCAAUCCUCUGAUGAGGAGGAGUGGAGUCCCCCAUCCCCACCCAGUCCAGAGCCUGGAGCAGUACGCUGUGCUUCCUUUUGUGCAGGGUUCCCCAUUCCUGAUGUGGCAAGCAGAAGAAUGUCAGCUUCCUACUCCCGUACAGAACAUGCACAGUCCUGGCCUUCCAUCAAUUUACUGAUGGAGACAGUAGACUCGGAGGUAAGAAGUUGUCCCCUGUGCCAGUUGGCCUUUCCUGUUGGAUACCCAGAUGACAUUCUGAUAAAACAUAUUGACUCCCAUCUUGAGAACAGCAAGAUCUAACAGCAGCUUGCCAUCUCUCUGUGGGGUUCCAGGAUAUAAAGAUGCUACACGCACUAAAUGGUCUACAGAAUAUUAAUCCCCAUAUUUUAUGCACUGUUGAUGAACACAUUAUGUCGUGAUGAUCAUGAGUAUCUAUAUACUCCUGUAUGAAAUACAGUAUAAUCACUGCUUGUGAACACACCUGGUUAUACAGUGAGACUCACUGAUCAUAAACACGAUGGGGUAUUUAAUAAUUGCAAAUGUUUGCACAGUAUAAUGAUGUUGACUCUAAACACCACUAAUGAACACUACAAACACAUUCCACUUUAUAAAACCUGUGGUUCUCCAGCACUUGUAGAACUACAACUCCCAGAAUAUCAUGCCCACCUAUGGCUGCCACUAGCUGGGACCUAUACUUCCGCAGUAGCUGUGAAGCCACAGAUUGUAUACCUUUAACCUGAACAAUGCUACAGGGGCACUUAAAUAUAAAAAAAAUACCCCUUUUUAAUUCAGGAAUGGGACUUUUACCUGGUUACAGAAGAUUCAGUUAAUGGCUUGAGAAAGUAAUUGUAUCUGUUCUACCAACCUGUCGAGCUCAGGGAGAACAGAAACCCCUGUGGAGCAGAGGGCUAAUCACAGGAGCAAAGCUCAGCCUCUUACUCUGCGCUCUUUUUUGAAACAGUGGAAGCAGCCAUUUUGUGAACUAAACCUGUUCUCAUGGGAGUAUAGCAUACUUACCUGUUUUUUUCAGGAUUCUCCCUAAUUUUGGGAGUGUUCCGGACUGGAGUGGGUGGGACCAGGAUUUUUGGGGGCACGACUUGGUGAUUCUCUUCAUUAUGGCCCUGUCCCUGCUGCAUUGCCUUUAUGCGGCGAAUCACCUCACCAUGCCUCCUGCACUUGUUACUUUCACCCUAUAGGAUCUGCCAGAGGGGAAGUCCUACACGUAGGCAUUGAGGUUACUGCUUCUAAGUUCAUAAAGUGCUUGCAUCUACUGUAUUUAAAUGUGAUCAUAAAUGAGCUGAUAUUAUCACCUGUACCAAAAACAUGGACAAGAGUCAGUGACUAAUUUGGUUGUAACUAAUCAGUUAAUGCACACAAAUGUACUAUCAUUUUAAGAUGUGUAUUAACUGCACGUGUCUUAAAUACUGCUGUGUAAUAAUUCUGAGUGCCCUGAAAAAUGAGUACACUGUAAUAAAUGUACAGUGUAUUUUUCAUUGUAUAAAAACAGUAAAUAUAACCAACAUCUGACUGGGAGCUGUACUAUCAUGGUGCAUUCUAAGAAUAUUGGGAGAUGUACUAAGCAGAGACAAAAGUGGAGAAGUUGCCUAUGGUAACCAAUCAGCAUUGCCGUAACAUUCAUAAUUUGCAUACUAUAAAAGUAUACAGAGCAGCUGAUUGGUUGCUAUGGUCAACUUCUCCAGAUGCAGGUACAGGCCCUCUCACAGUGAAUGGGUGGAACAAAGGUCAUUGAUUUCAUCAUACAUGCAUAAGGCACCAUAUAAUAAAUAGUUUUUGCCUCAAUUCUCUUUAAAUAUAGAACUAGAAUACUGUAUGUGUUAUUUACAAAUACUUGUUACUCAGUUUGCACCAUGGUAGUACAGUACAUUACCACUACUGUUGCAUACUGAGAGGCAGUCAUUUAGACUGGAUCAAUAGUUAGGAGUAUGCAAAGUAUGAUAAUUUUACUAGGGACGACUGACAUCACAGAGUAAGUCUGUGGGACAAACUGGAAACUCAACUAAGCAAAGGGUCAAUACUUUCUUGUAUCGCCAACUUUGAAUUUAGGGUGGGAAAGGUUGGUUCUGUGCCUACUCAUCUCUUCUCUAUUGCAAGUUUCAGGAUGGAAAAGUUUCCUUCAUUCCUCUGGUAAGCCUGAAGUGCUCCUAAAAUCAUUUGUGUGCAUGAUAAAAUCUCUCAUCCUUAAACAUUAAACUGGAUGUACGGUUCACAGCGGAGUCUCGUCACCCGCAAGUGUUGCUGCCAUAUUUAAACCAUGUGAAGAAAUGAAUUUUUAGAGGUAGCUGUUGUCGGAUGAGACCCAAGAGUGAAUGGCAGACAGUAUGGCACUAUAAUGAAUGUGGAAUUUAAUGGACUAAAAGGACUAAUUAAAGGACUAAAAGCUCUCUGCACCUCUUAACCCUCUCACUGCCAGAUCAGCCUGCAGUGCAUUGCCAAGAGAUAUUUCCAUCGCAUGCAGAAAUGUGUCUCUGGUCAGGCCCUGGCAUGCAGGGAGUUAAACACAAAGCUUCCUGAUGGGAGUUGCCUCUCCCUGACGUGUUAUACCUCAGCCUCUAACUUAUGUGUAAUGUAUACAUAUACAUACCUAUAUGUUUAUAUGAAUAUAUAUGUUUGUAUAUACACUGAGUCUGCACAACAGUGUCUGUAUUUCUGGCUCUGCUGGUCUAAUGUCUUCCCUCAUUGUCUGAUCCAGUGACACUGUGAGCCAGAGUGGUCUGCAGAGUGCUUCUCUUUGUGAUGUGUGCGGUAAAUGCAGUGCGUCACUCAUUUGUUGCGCUCUAGCCUUCCUAGUGCCAGAGCAAAUUCACUGUGCAUAUGACACUGUGAUGCCUGCAAUGGAACACACCAGAUUGUCCGUGGGACAUACUGCUCUGCAGUGUUUUGUGUGACGUGGUGAGCUGCAGUUCAAGUAAUAUGUGCUGCUCUGCAGUGCUGAAAUAUGCUGGUCUGCAGUGCUCAGUUUAUGAGAUUCUGGUAUACAGUGUAUGGUGUGCAAACUGCAUUGCUUUGUUCAGUGGAACAUAUUGCUCUGCAGUCUGCUGAUACGACAUGCUGCUCUGCAUUGUUCAGAAUGGCAUACUGCUCUGCACUGCUGGCGUGGCCUCCUAUUCUGAAAUGUACAGUAAAAUCUGGCAUUCUGCAGAGCUCAAUGUGUAACCUAUUGCUCUGCGGUGCUUAAUGAGUGACAUGCCGCACUGCAGUGCUCAAUGAUGGAAAAAAGCUACUCUGCAGAUCGCUCAGCUGCUCUCACAGUUCUUUGCAAAUUCCUGUCCUGUGUAAAUGAAUAAAAAGUGCUUUUUUUUAUUACAAA